CCAGCGCUUUCGCGCCUCUCGCUCUACGUCACUGCGUGCGUAGGCGCCGAGCUCUCAAAAAAAAAAAAAAAAAAAAAAAAAAAAUGCAGCGGGAGUUGGUGGGUUUUCCGCUGUCUCUCGCGGUGCGCGGGAAGCUGGUGGCUGCGGGGUUUCAGACUGCGGAGGACGUCCUGGAGGUGAAGCCCUCCGAGCUCAGCAAAGAAGUUGGGAUAUCUAAAGAGGAAGCCUUGGAAACUCUACAAAUUCUAAGAAGAGAAUGUCUCACAAAUAAACCAAGAUGUGCCGGUACAUCUGUGGCAAACAAGAAGUGCACAGCACUGGAACUUCUAGAGCAAGAGCAUACCCAGGGCUUCAUAAUCACCUUCUGUUCUGCACUCGACAACAUUCUUGGGGGUGGAAUACCCCUGAUGAAAACGACAGAAGUGUGUGGGGUACCAGGGGUUGGAAAAACACAGUUAUGUAUGCAAUUGGCAGUAGAUGUGCAGAUUCCAGAAUGUUUUGGAGGCGUGGCCGGUGAAGCAGUAUUUAUUGAUACAGAGGGAAGUUUUAUGGUUGAUAGAGUGGUCAGCCUUGCAACUGCCUGCAUUCAGCACCUUCAUCUCAUAGCAGGAACCCACACGGAAGAAGAACAUCAGAAAGCCUUGAAGGAUUUUACUCUUGAAAAUAUUCUUUCCCAUAUUUAUUAUUUUCGUUGUCAUGAUUAUACUGAGCUGCUGGCACAAGUCUAUCUCCUUCCAGAUUUCCUUUCAGAUCAUCCAAAGGUGCAGUUAGUGAUAAUAGACGGAAUUGCUUUUCCCUUUCGUCAUGACCUUGAAGAUCUAUCCCUUCGUACUCGAUUACUCAAUGGCCUCGCCCAACAAAUGAUCAGCCUUGCAAAUAAUCACAGACUAGCUGUUAUUUUAACAAAUCAGAUGACAACAAAGAUUGAUAAAAAUCAAGCUUUGCUUGUUCCUGCAUUAGGGGAAAGCUGGGGGCAUGCUGCUACAAUAAGACUCAUUUUUCACUGGGAACAAAAGCAAAGGUUUGCAACAUUGUACAAGUCACCAAGCCAGAAGGAGUCUACAAUACCAUUUCAGAUCACACCUCAGGGAUUUAGAGAUGCUGUUGUCACUGCUGCCUCAUCACAGACAGAAAGUUCUUGGAAUUUCCGGAAACGGUCACGAGAGCCAGAGGAAGAGUGCUGACCAAAUGCUGAUGUCUGCACACUUUGACUACUUCUGUUUUGGCCUCCUGUCUCACUGGGAUCACUGCAGUGCAGGUGUGUAGCACACUGUGGGCUCUGGGAAUUGAACUCAGGUUGUCAGGCUUGCUGAGCAAGGGCUUUUACCCACUGAACAUUUUUCUAGGCCCUCCUUAAAUUUUAAGAAAAAACAUCUCUCCCUGAACGUGGAGCUCACUGACUCAGGGCCACCUGUCUACCCCACCAGCACCAAGAUGCACACAUACGCUGCACUGCACCAGCUUUUAUAUGCCAUCCUCAUGCCUGCAUGUCAGGCGCUUUACCCACGGAGCCGUUUCCCUAGCUCCUGAAAAGAUUUUCUGAAGCACUGUUCUAUAAUUAUAUUUUAAUGUGUUUUUAUUUUGAGUAAUGUGGAAA